AUGAUAGCACAACAAGAAUGCAAUUGUUCCGAAGCUUCUUCUUCUUCUUCUGAUACAGGCACACAACCUUCUUCUUCUUCGUUGUCCUUGGGUGAUACAAACACUCGAGUGGACAUGACCAUCAUACAAACAAGCGCCACUACCUCCUCUGCCACAACAUCACAACUUCCUAGCUCGACCUCUUCCAACAACAACUCCAGCACUCCCACAUCUCCUGCCAUUUCCAUUCCCUCACCCAUUCCGAAAUUAUUUAAAAAUUCAUCGAAUUUAACUCCGAGAAGUGCUGUUCAAGGAUUUAUUUCAAGUGGAUCCACGAAUGGAAAUAGCCUUUCAUAUCGACAAAGUAUGAAUGGUUUAAUGAGUGAAUUAAAUACAACAACAACCGUAUUGAAUAACAAUGACAGUCUUCAGAAAAUAUUCGAUAAAUUAACUACAAUUGGUUCUACGCAUCAAAUGAUGAAAGAAUUAUUAGAAUCUGAAAUUAAGGGAAAUCAAAACAUUCAUGAAGAAAUGAUGGAAAUGAGACAUAAAUUGGAUGAAACGAAACAAGAAAUUAUCAAAAUGGAGACACGAUUGACUAAAGAACUAGAAAAGGAUAAGAAUCAAUUAACACAUUUAGUAUCAAAAUUAAUGAAUGUAAAUUUGACUGAAAUUCAUGGAUUGAAUGACAAUGAUAUACAGUGUGAAGGAGAACAGCCAUUGUUUAGUGAGUCCUCAUCCACUAUUUCCAAAUCAUCCUCUGUAACCAAUAGAAAAUCUCAAAGAAUGUUGAAUAACUCAGACAAUCGAUAUUUUUCAACUCAAUUGAUACCAAAUAGUGAUCACCACUCUCCACCCAACACACCCUCUAGAUCUCCAUUUUCCUCAACAUUGCUAAUUUUAUUAUUUAUUUUAAUUUCAUUGCUUUUAAUUUUGAUGAUAUUUGCCUUUACAGAUGUUGGAAGAACCAUGAUUGCUAGGAAACCUACGUUUUAA